AUGCCGAAGUGCGACAAAUGUAAUAAAAAUAUCACGAAAUCUAAUGCGGGCGUAGAAUGCAGCAAAUGUGAAAAACUAGUGCAUCUAAGUGUUGCAUGCUCGGGAUUGUCUACGAAGCAACGGGCAGCGCUUCGCAUUAACAACAAUUUAGGCUGGACGUGUGACGAAUGCCACCGCGAAUCACCUCAUCGUCGCUCUGUGGUCGUCCCUGAGGAUGAGGAGGAGGAGGAGACCGCUGAAGCGUUGUCACCGAAGGCUACCAUUGACAUCAAGAAGCUUCUACGCGAUAUAUCCCUGGAAAUGGAGAAAGCUAUCAAGCGUGAGCUUCAAGAUCUGACUAAAUCAUUCGAAUUUCAUACUGAAAAGAUGGACGAAAUUCUUGAAACUAUGGAUGCUUUUAAAAUAUCGGUACAAGAACUUACGAAAAAGAAUAAUGACCUAACAAAUAAAAACAAUCAUCUUAAAACUAGAGUAGGUGCACUUGAACAGCGUCUGCAGGAGAUAGAACAGCAGCAACUCAGUACUACCCUAACAAUUUCGAACGUACCUCAUGAAGGGCGGGAAAAACCUUUAGUACUAGUGGAGAAAAUCGCAGAAAGACUCGAACUUAAUCGCGAGGACAUACUAGAAGUACGACGUCUCCCUAGUAGACAACCGCAGAAUGGACCAAUACAAGUAAAACUUAGCGAUGAGGUCGCGCAAGAAAAAUGGCUGCAAAAAGCGAAAUCCACGAAAAUCAUUGUCUCAAGUCUUUUUAGAAACACCUCACCAGAAACCGCACAGCAAAGUAUCAUAAUUCGUGAAGCACUUACAGCAUAUAACAAAAAGCUACUGUGGAACACUAAACAACAAUUAAAAGACAUUUACAAGUAUAUAUGGUGUAAGAAAGGAGUAAUUAGAGUGAGGAAAGAAGACAACACACAAUUGAAGAUCAUCAGAUCCGAAGAUGAUAUUAAAAAUUUGCUUCUACAGUGA